AUGGGUAAAAUGUCGAAAACCGGAGGAAAAUCCGGAAAAGGAGCGAAAAAUGCGGUUCCAGAGCGUGCAAACUCUGGAAAAACGUCUCGUUUCACAAUGUCUGAAAGGAAUUUGGGUUUGAUGCAGGAGAUUAUCAGAAAGGAUCCGGAGAGUUAUAAGGAGGAAUUCAUGGAACAAUUCAAUUAUUUCGUUCAAACAAUGAAACUUCUCCACUUACAACCGGAACAAUCUCGAACUGAAAUGCAAUCCCUUCAGGAAUCUGUUCUUUUUCUCUCAGGACUCGCUAAACACUAUCCGAAAGAGGCGAAACAAUUCUCAGAUAGUCUGUUUGAGUUGUUGAGAGAACAGGGAUCCGGAUUGGAUGCUGAUGUUCGAAUGUCAUUCUGCAAAGCUCUCGUCUUGCUCCGUAAUCAGGAUAUGCUCGAUCAGAUUGUCCUUCUGGAGACAUUCUUCGAGUUGGUUAAAGUGGAGGAUAAAGUGUUGAGAAAAUUCCUUCUCGCCUCGAUCAGUGCUCAUCUGAAACGUGUCUAUCAUAAGAAGAAGGACGUCAAAAUGCUCGGAAAGAUUCAGAAUCUCUGUUUCUCGAAAAUGAAAGACUCCCGGUCGAUUGUCGCCCGUUGUGCUCAACUCGUGUGUAUCGAUGCGUUUCGUCGCAAAUUUUGGAGAGACGAGAGGACGGCCAACGUCAUCGCGGAGGCCUGUUUUCAUAAGGUCCCCAAAAUUCAGGUGACAUCAAUGAAGUUCUUCUUGGGAUCUGAAAACGAUAACGGAGAGCAAGAAGGCGACGAUUCGGAUAUAGAUUCAGAAGCGGAGGAUAAUACGAAGACACUGAAAGAAGUGAUGACGUCAUUCAGAAAUGUAAAGAAGACGAGAAAACGAGCAAAGAAUGUGGAGAGAGCGAAGAAAAUGAUAUCGAAAAAGAAGAAGCAAAAGAAGGAGGGACGAUCGAAAGAGUGUAAUCUAAUGGCUAUUCAAUCGUUGUAUGAUCCACAAGAGUUCGCUGAUAAACUAUUCGGAGCGUUGGAAUCGAAGAAAAUGGACAAAUUCGAGAUGAGAUUGUUUAAGAUUGCUCUUUGUGCACGUAUCAUCGGAAUUCAUCGUUUGCAUACGUUGAGCUUCUAUUCUUAUCUUCAUAGGUAA